UAAGAGGAUCCCCCCUUUAACCAAACGCUGAAUCCGCUGUGAGCCCUAUUCAACCACCCGUGAGCCCCGCUUGUGCUACCCGGAAAUAUUACAAGGGCCGGAAAGGACCAAUGUUAAGAGAGCACACGUCACUCACUUUUACCCAAAAAUAUUAUCACCGACCACCCAAAUUUUUCUCGGCCGUCGAAACCUUUAGCAAAAGCUCUCUGUCGGCGCGGAGGGUCGCAAACAAAUGGCAAGGAGGCGGCUGCGGUAUCCGUCGGCGUUGAUUUCUGUCGGGGACGGUGUUCGCUUUCACCCAGCUCAGCAUCAGUGAAAAUGGCUCUGGCUAACGACUGGAAAACAGCACGCAGAAAUGGAAGCGGACGAUAGCUAGCUAGGCGGUUAGAAGAAGGCGUGACAGGCCUCAUCCAUCUCCAGAAAACCCCCCGUGCACUCUGCACCUGGAUGCGUAGGAUUUGGUGAUUUUACAUUAAAAUGAGAGGCGGUCAGAUAUGCGAUAGAUUAUCUCCCUCAUCUGCCAGGGGAGCUCACUCCCCGCUAGGUUCAUCGCAUCGAUUAGAGGAAACGGUAAGAUUUUUACGAGCUAUAGGGACUUCUCGACUGAACACGGAUGAGGAAUCUUGCUUAGAUGAAGGAAAGUGUCAACGCAGUAACUCUCAAAGGAAACAAGAAGAAGUCAUUUGAACUGCUUCUCAAUAAAAAACUAUUCUAAGCAAUUUUGAAAGUAGGUGGAACUAAUCUACAUGUUAAAAAGACACUUUUACCCUUUGAUCAUAAACUCAUCUUCCUGGCUACCCCACUCAUUUUGGAAGUAGAGUGUGGGCAGCGGAUGAUCAACAGGGAGUAGCAGCACCAGAAGUAAACAAUCUGGAGAGACGAACUUUAGAUUUAAGACAUUCAAGUAAUUCUGGAAAAAAAAUAAGUAUCAUAACCUCACCCUUAGGGUAAAGUUUGUCCUUCACUAGUCAGUGGUGGGAUCAUUGUUGCCUCUCCUAGCGCUGAAGGUUUGGCACCUGCACCCCCAUGUGCCAGUGAGUGGGAAAUGUUCCAAUUUGGAAAAUACAAUCUGGACAUUAUAGAGAUGUUAAGUGGGCACCAGGCCCACCAGUUUAAAGGCCUUGGUUUAGAUCGACAACUACAGCAUCAACAGCAAGUGCAACUUCACCAGCAUCAACUCCAGCAGCAGCAGCAGCAGCAGGCUGAGUCUUCUGGAGCUCUUCUGUCUGGACUUGGCUUGGGCCCCCUGCAGGGGUCUAGAGGUAACGCCUUUUCUGAUUCUGCCUCCAUUUUUGCCAAGAUGAGUGCCCCUCCUCCCCCACCUUUACAACAACAGCCUUCCUCAUCUCAGAGCUCACGUUCAAAGUCAAGCAAGAUGAGCAGCAGCAGCUCAAGCCAUUCUUCAGGCUACCCACAGUUCCUGCGCUCUUUCCACCCGUCUGAGGCAGCACUAGCACAGGAGCAGUUACACCCAGGUGUAGGCCGCUUUGAGCACUUUGCUGGGGGAAGUAGCAGUAGUGGGAGUGCUGGGGGAUUAGGAGGAUUAGUAACAUCAGCACCUCCACCCCCUCCUCCUCUGCAUCCCGGCCUCUCUGUCCCCCAAGCAUCAUCUGGUCCCUCCUCUUCCUCUCCUUCCCCUUCAACCUCUGUGGCCACCUCUAAUAACCCUCCUAGCAGCAGUGCAGUCAGCACAUUGGGACACCAGUUGGUUGGGGCCCAGUCUGAUGCACGGAGUCUUCACCAACAAUUUAGUUGCAUGUUAGCUGCUAAUCAGUAUUUCCUUUCUGGGGUGCCAGCUAAUGCUAGUUUAGAGCAAUUUCUUGUUCAACAGGGAACCCAUAACCAUUUAGGGCUUGGUUUAAGUCAGACAGGUGGGGAGCCUAGUACUAGUCUUGCACCACCUCCUGCUUUGCAUUCUUCUCACCCACAUGGCCACUCCACUCCCCAGUCACAGCAGGGUCCUCAGCAGCCUCCCCAGCAGCAGCAGCUUCCACCUCACACCCUAUCUCAUCCUCACUCUCAUGCUCAUCCUCACCACCCGCUCCACCCAGGCUCCCAGCCCUCAUCACUAAGUGGCUUUGACUUCCAGGGCAUCCCUGUACUCUCAUCAAAUCAAAUAGCUUCUCUGAUGCAGCAGGAAGCAGGUUUGCCCCUCCCCUUGCCACUUCAUUUAUCUUUAUCUAAGGAUGAUGGCAAAGGGGAAAGCAGUGGGGGGGGGAGUAGUAGUAGUGGUAGCAGUAGCAGUAGGAGGAAGAAAGCUAUGGCGGGCUAUUUGCCACAGAGAAAAUCAGAAAGCGCUAGUAAUAGCAGCAGCAGCCAUGGUCACAGCAGCCACACCGGUAAUCCCAGCACUACUAGUAAUGGUGGAGGACUUAGUCAUGGUCAGCCCCCAGCUUUAAUUGGGAGUGGGGUUGGUAUGUCAAAUAUGGGGGGGGACCCAUCAUCCCUGCUUGCCUCAUCAUCUUCAUCCUCAUCAGUAGUUUCUUCCUCCUCCUCCUCUGCUCCCUCUUCCACUGCUGCCUCAGUACUGGUUACUAAUGAUUCUCACCUUUCUAAAUCUGAUAACCAGAGCUCAAUGCAACCCAACCCCACAGAGUCUGAUUCAGAGCCCGUUUAUAGCUGCGGAGAUUGUGGCAAAAGCUUCCCUCACCUUUCAAGCCUUCGCAGGCAUUUGCGCAUGCAUGAGCCAACCACAGCAGGUACUAGCAAUUCUAGCACUACUGGCCCUAACCCUGUUCAUAUUAAAACACAGCCCGACCCAAGCCUUCCCCAUUCGACCCAAGAAACUCCCCAACCCUCAUCCAAUUCUUGUCCUAGCCCAGACAAAAUAUUUCAUUGCCCUGAAUGUGGCAAAGGCUUUAAGAAAAAAGGGCACCUCCUGCAACAUGGUGUUAUACACUCUUCAGCCCGCCCAUAUGGCUGCUCCACCUGCUCUCGGGCUUUUAAUCGUAGAGAGUCACUGACACGCCAUGAGAAGAUACAUGAGGAAAAGCCAUUCCGAUGUCCCGCCUGUGGUCGUGCCUUCCGUGAGAGCACCUCUCUACUCAACCAUGCUGCCUCAGGCACCUGCGGCAAGCCAGGCUACCAUGAUGACCACCGUUCUCAAGGUAAUCCAUCUCCAUGCUACUCUGGUGCCUCCCCCUGUGGAAGUGGGAUGGCGGGCCCAGCUCUGAGAAAGGCACCCCUGGCCCCAACACUGCAUCCACACUCACAGAGCCACAGCCAGCACCACCAUCCGCAGCAACAGCCCCACCUGCCCCUUUCUUCUCUACUGGAUGACUCAGAGGAUGAUGUCACUAGCUCUGUCAAUAAUGCAAUCUCUGCUAUAACAGCAGCUAGUAACAGUGGAAAUAGAGGGGAUGAUAGGGGAGACAUCAUAGGAGGUCUACUAGGUGGUCUUGGUUUAGGUCCUCUGGGCUCACCCUCAUCAACAUCUGGUAUGGAUAAGAAUUUCAGAGGUGUUGGUAGCCAGGAGGCUAUGAGCAGCAAUCCACAGAAUCCUACUGCCAAACCAAAACGUCCCCGCAAACCCAGAGCUAAGAAAGAUCCUGCACCUGGUGGACAGCCCCCCAAACGUAGGCAAUACACCCCCAGAAUGGGGCCCAGUGGGCUCCCACGCACUCACCUCUGCAGUGUCUGCGGUAAGGGAUUUGCACGUCGCGAGACCCUGCGCAGGCAUGACCGCAUCCAUACUGGAGAGAAGCCCCACCACUGCGCUGUGUGUGGAAAGUAUUUUAGAGAAGCUUUUCACCUCAGCAAGCAUCAAACAGUCCACUCUGGGGCAAAGAAUUACAAAUGCAGCAUCUGUGGGAAAGAGUUUGGUUACUCCCAGAGCCUCAGGAGGCACAGCAAACUCCACCAGAAAGGGGAGCUGGAAGAGGUGCCCACAACACCUGCUGCGGAGAACCUUAACAGCUUUAACCCAAACCCUCAAUGUAGCGUGGCCCAAGACAGGAGCCAGAACCAAGCACCAAGCACCUCCUCCUAUUACUACUCUCAAGACGUCAAGCCUCAAGACACCAACCCCCAGCCUCAACCUCCACCCCCGCCCCAACCACAGCCCCCGCCUCCGCCUCGACUCUACACCUGUGCUAUAUGUUGGAAGUCUUUCCGUCAUCACUUCCACCUGACUGCCCAUCACCAGACGGUUCACGAAGGUGGGGGUGAAAAGCUCUUCUGCUGUGAGGUAUGUGGCAAAGCAUUUGCUUACUCUAACAGCCUCACUCGACAUAAGCAGUCGCAGCAUGGGAUGACCCGCAGUGAACCGUCUAACCCGCAAGAAGGCAGCAGUGGGUCUGGAGACAACAGAGGUGGGAGUGAUGUUAAUCAGUCAGCAUCAGAGAGCGAGGCUGCCACCAAUGCCCUGCUACAGAUGGCUCCUUCCACAGAAGGCCAUGGAGGGCAGAGUCUUAGUGUCGUCACUCAUAGCCACCAACAAGCACCCCCGCAACCACCAGCUGGUUACUCUCCCCUCUUUUACGAUGCAGCCCAUUCUUCAGCCUCUAAUGCUCCAUCUUACUCGCAGCCUCUGCCUCCAAACUCAACAAUCAUGGCCCCCCAGCACCCCCAUUCCCCAGCCGGGGUGAAAGGAGAGCACAUAUAUCCAGCUGGAUCCCGUAGCCGUACGCUUCACACCACAGCCCCGUUCCAGCCCCUCACGGAACUGCCCUCCACUGAACAUCAUCAUCUGCAUCAUCAUCACCAUCACUCCCACCAUCAUCCUCAUCAUCAGUCCGGUACCCAGUCCCACCAACACCUUGACUGCAGCAUCCAGUUGUCACAGGAUGACAUGAGACGACACAAGAAGAAAAAAAAAAAGUCCAACAGGAGAGAUUGGAGGGAAAAUAAAUGGGAAUCCCAAGAUCUAGUCAGAUUCGAUGGAAGCAAAAGGAAGAAAAAGAUACGUUGUACAAUAAGAGGGCAGUUGAAUAAAAAACAAGGCUCUCUUCGUUUGACAAUUAGGCGAGGAGAAGGAUCAGGUGGUGGAGGGUAUAAGCUUGUCAACACUGGGGGAAUGAAGGUGCAGAUCCUGUCGUCUCUUAAAGUCCCUGUGAAGCGUUUUGGCUGUCCUAUAUGCCCUAAUUCUGUGUUUUCCCGUAAAGCGGGACUGCUAGUCCACAUGGCAGUAAAACACCCACAGAAAGCCUCGACCACUCAGGAGCGACUAAGGUGCAGCGUAUGUGGGAAGCAGUCUCACAGGCCUUUGGCAGCCUUCAUCCAUCGGGCCUCCCAUCGUGCCAGAGGGACUUUCUCCUGCCGACGCUGCUCCACUCGCUUCUGGAAUGCAACACUUCUCCACAGGCACAAGGUGUCCUGCCGCCGCAGGGCUAAAGGACUGCAGCGAGGAGAUGCUAACAGGCUGAAGCUUUCAAAGAGACCAGGAGAAAGACAGACCCAAGAGGGUCAGGGGGAGAUGCCAUACCUACAGGGACCAUACAGAUACUGAGCAUCCUGGUAUCUAAAAAAAGAGUGGCAUACAAGAGGGAUAUUUCAGUUGUAAAAUGGGAAGGUGAGAAAAAAGGGACUUGAAAGGGCACGCUGCCUUCUAGGAGAAUUUGCCUCAUGUCUCAUGUUGACAUCUACUCUGCUGACUAUUAGAAUGAGUGUUAACAACUACUGUAGAGCAUCCUAUAAAAUAUCACCAGAAAUUCUUCCAGAUUAUAUUGGAAGGUGUUUUCAAAGACGUGACUGUUUCCAUAGGUUCAUUAACCCCUUAAGUGCAUUGACACUGCUUGGCUGACACUGUGCAGUUACUAGACAAGUUUAGGUGAAAUGACCUGCUAAUGUAUCUCUCUUCCCCAUAACUAGAAUCCCUGCUACACCUCUUGCUGUAUGAUAAACGUCUCUGCCGUGUACUUUGUCUUGUUGUUGUUCACUUAGAGGCUCUGAGGAUUUUUUAAAAAUGUAAAGUGCAUUUAUUAGGAGUAGGGACAUGGGGACAAAGACCUUUGUUGAUAGUUUGUCAGUGCAUGUUUGUUCUCUGGUCAAGUUUUUUGCUGAGGUUGUGAAAUCACUCCUACAGUAUGUGAUGGUUUAUUCAGUAUAUCCCCAGAAGUUUGUAGUGUUAAACUUGAUUUGAAAGUUGCUCAAUAUUCCCUAGUGAUUUAAUCACAUAUAGAUAAAAUGUCAAAGUUGCUGGUAAUUAGCAUUACAAGGAUCCCUCUCCUGCCAAAAUGAAGAAACUUACAAAAAGCCUUGCUUAGUAUGUUCACUUUACUUCAUUUAUUUGAGAUAUUCCUAGCUUUUAUACCAAGAGAUUGAAAACAGGUUAAACAAGUGGACUGUAACACAUGUUUAUCUCAUGUUAUUUGUAUGCUCUUUUUAGCAGUGAUUAUUUCUACAGUACUUCACGGUGUGUUAAAGACAAGGACCUAUCAUAAUAGAAACAAAUGUAAUAUUCCAUGUAUUUAUGUGUGUAACCCAAUCAGUCUUCAUGCCAAUCUUAUACUUAACCCCUUCUACCUUUUACUUUUUGCUGAGUUGCAAUCAUAUUCUUACUGUCAAGCCUUGUUUUUUUUUUCUUCUAAAGAAAAAUAAGUUUUAAGUAAAUCUUGUCACUUUAUUCACAUAUGAAAUGUUCAUACCCCUGUCAAGCCUUGUUUUUUUUUUCUUCUAAAGAAAAAUGAUAGUUUUAGUAGAUUUCUAUCACAUUAUUUACUGAGAAGUCAGUAGUUGAUUAUAUUUCAGCAAUGAAUAAACCUUAAGUGUAA